AUGCUCUCGCUCAGAGACCACCUAACCAUUCUACUGCUCGCCGUUGCAGGCUUUGACUAUGUCGUUGUUGGCGCCGGGACGUCCGGCUUCACGCUGGCAGCACGACUCGCGGAGCAGAAGCUGAGCGUGGCUCUCGUCGAAGCCGGCGACUUCUAUGAGGCGGUUUGGCCUUUGGCGAAGAUUCCAGGGGCAGUGAUUGUCGGCCUGGGAUCGAGUCCGACUGCGACCACUCCAAUUGACUGGAACUUCAUCACAGCCCCCGUCCCGGGCGCGAACUACCGCCAGGUACAUUAUGGCCGACACAAGACGUUUGGGGGUUGCUCGGUGUGCAACGUGAUGAUAUACCAGAGACUUGAUAACGGCUCCAUGCAACGGUGGGCCGACCUCGUCGAGGAUCAGAGCUACACGUUCGAUCAGGUCCUCCCUUUUUACCAACGAACGGCCACCUUCUACCCUCCUCAGAACGAGCUUCGACCCCCCAACGCCUCCGUGCAAUACAACCCGGCCGCAUACUCUCCGGCCGGGGAGCCUCUCCAAGUAUCCUACCCGAUCGACAGUAUCCCAUUCUCCAGCUGGAUGGUUGGCGGAAUGCAAGCAAUUGGCAUCAACCAGACACAAGACUUCAGCAGUGGGCAUUUACUAGGUGCGCAAUGGUGCCCCUUCACCGUCCGCCCAUCAGACCGAAUACGGAGCAGUUCGGAAGCGGCAUUCAUGAGCGCAGCAGCGAACAGUGACCGUCUGGCGACCCUCACUCUAUACAAAACCACCAUGGGGAAGCGGAUACUGUUUGACCCCGACAGAAAGGCGACCGGGGUGGAAGUGCGCACCGGGACUUCAAGGUACACCCUGCACGCCAAUCGGGAGGUGAUCGUCUCGGCCGGGGUCUUCCAGAGCCCUCAGUUGCUGAUGGUCUCCGGCAUCGGGCCCUCGGAAGCCCUGAGUCAAUACAACAUCCCGCAGCUCGUCGAUCUCCCCGGAGUCGGCCAGAACAUGUGGGAUCACCUGCUAUUCGGUCCGUCAUACCGGGUUCGACUCAUCACCGGCACAAACAUUGCCAACAACUACGCCUUUGCGGCCGAGCAACUCGCCCUGUAUUUCUCCGUGCGUCGGGGUCUCUUUACCAACCCAUCGGCCGAUUACCUGGCCUGGGAGAAGAUCCCAGAUCCCCUGCGCCAGCGCUUCUCCGCUGAUACAUUGCGCAACCUGUCAUGGUUUCCACCCAGCUGGCCGGAAGCAGAGUACAUCUCCUUCCACAUCUUCCUCGGCGAUCUGGCGAACCCGCUGUUCGACCAGCCGAAAGACGGAUUCAUGUACGCGUCGAUGAUCGGGUCGCUGGUGGCGCCCAGCUCGCGCGGGACGGUGACGCUCGCGUCGAACGACACGGACAUCCUACCGAUCGUGCAGCCGAACUGGCUGUCGACCGAGGCGGACGCGCAGACGGUGGUGGCCAUGUACCGGCGGAUGCGGGAGGCGUGGCACAGCGCGGCGAUGGCGCCCAUCGUGAUCGGGGAGGAGUACUUCCCGGGGCCGAAAGUGCAGACGGACGCGGAGAUCCUGGCGGUCAUCCGGCAGACGGUCAUGACCAUCUACCAUGCGGCGUGCACGUGCAAGAUGGGGACCCGGAACGACAGCAUGGCGGUGGUGGAUCAUCGGGCCCGCGUGUUUGGGGUGACCGGGUUGCGGGUCGUGGAUGCGAGUGCGUUCGCUAUCUUGCCGCCGGGGCAUCCGCAGGCCACUUGUUAUAUGUUGGCGGAAAAGAUCGCGGCGGAUAUCCUUCAUGGUCCUGGGAAUGGGGACGGGAAUGGGGACGACGGCGACGACGAUGGGGACAACGGGGGUGGAUGA